AUGGGUGGCGAGAAUGAAGCGAUCGUCAAAAGGAACAAGCCCAGAAUGUCAAGACGAAGUACCGAUGGUGGCAUCACGGGCAGCUUCUACCUUCCAGUUGAAGAAGCGGGCAAGAUAGGUGCAGAGAACGCUCGUCAAGGGAGCAUUUCCUUGGCUAUGCGGAAAGACAGCAAGACGCGUUCCAGCUCCAAGAGCGCCAUCGCCGUGGACGCAACGCUCUCCAACCGCUCGGGAAGCAAUUCUCGAACCUCCAGCCAUUCGACAGGAAGAACAGGAAGCAAAACGAAGAUUACUUUACCCUUUGAAGAGUUUCGGCUAAGACGGAGAUCUUCAGGUGUUGCUGCGUUGGCCGAGUUUUUGACCUCGGGUCACCAUGGCCUUGCCAGCCCGGAGGCUGACAGCUCCAAACCCUUGGGGAAGACAUUGCAACGCCGGGCCACCAUGCCCACGUUGGAUGUGAGCAGCGAGGCUCUCGUCCUAUCUCGACAGCUUCAUUUGGAUUUUCACGAAGUGAAGAGUGCCAUGAAGGAGAUCCGCGAGGGUCGGCAUUUGCCCAACGGAGGUAUGGACGAAGUUGCAUGGAGGCAUUGCUUGUCCCGAAUCUUUGGUAUCGACGUUGAAGAAAAGUUGCUGAGGGAAUCCUAUGCUGCGUGCCAAGUGGCAGAGGGUCCUGUGGAUGCAAAGCUCUUUAUGACAUGGUACAGAAGUCAUAUCUUCAAAAUCGAAGCACAUAAGACAAAGUCGCUUGAGGGCGAUGAGUUAACGAUGGAGUUGGCCAAGAAACAUGGAUGCUCCUACACAGACCUGACCAAAGUGCGAUUGAAAUUUGACAGUUAUGACCUCGACAAGAGUGGCCUUAUUGACUUCCUGGAGUUUGAGCACAUGAUCCACCAGCUGCUUCAUUGCUCCACCCGUUCGGAUCUGCCGAAGAACCGGAUCCUACGCUUUUGGCACGAAAUCGAUCGCGAUCAGAAUGGAUCCGUGGAUUUUCAGGAGUUCACUGACUGGUACAUGAAAUACUUUGCCACUGCCAAACAGGAUGGGCCCAUCGAAGCCUUUUAUGCCUCUUUCAUGCCAGACUUUCAGCGUUCCCAUACGCUGGAGGCCAGUGUUGCGUACGGGAGGCUUUACAAGAGGUUAUCCCAGCUCACUGAAGGUUGGAGACGAAUCUUCCCCUUUUUCCUUCCCACAGAA